AGAACUUCCUGAAAAAUAGAACAAAACAACACCACAUGUAUCCCAAGGGCUCCACCCUACCAGUGAGAAGAGAGUCAGACAUUGAAAUAAUAAGACGUUGAAAUUAUAAGAGUGAACACUACAUUUUGAAAAGUCACUGUACCCUCAACUCACUCACAGUUCAAGUAAAGCCAUGCAGGAUGAAGAUGGAUACAUUACCUUAAACAUUGACUCUCGGAAACCAACUCUCAACUCAGGACUUACAGUUGUCCCUACUUCCUCAUCUUUGUGGCAUAUGAUGGCUUUGACUCUCCUGUUCUUGUGCGUGGGGAUGGAUGUUGGGCUGGUGACUAUGGGAAUUAUGUCUGUCAUGCAGCAAAAUUACCUACGAGCCCAGAAUGAAAAUCUCUCAGGAACUCUGCAACAAUUAGCAAAGCACUUCAGCCAAGAUUUAAUUAAAAAAGAAGCAGAUAAGGACAGUUCCAGCCUCAAAAGCAGCCCCUGUGAUAAAAACUGGAGACAUUAUGGAGAUAGUUGCUAUGGAUUCUUCAAGCAAAACCUGACAUGGGAAGAGAGCAAGCAGUACUGUACUGAUAGGAAUGCUAAUCUUCUGAAGAUUGCCAGCCAGAACGUUCUGGAUUUUAUAAAAAACAGGACUAGCUUAAUUCGUUGGAUUGGAUUAUCCCGCCAGAACUCUAAUGGAAUCUGGAUAUGGGAAGAUGGCUCAUCUCUCUCCAAAGAAACGUUUGAUCUUUCUGGAGAUGGAGGAGAAAAUAGGAAUUGUGCUUAUUUUCGUCUUGGGAAAAUCUACCCUACUUUCUGUAACAGCAAACAUUAUUUAAUGUGUGAGCAGAAGGCUGUCAUGGAAAAGAUAGAGAAACCACUUUAAUGCAAAUGAGUGCACAGGCUGUCACAGACAACUGCUGGAUGUACAAUAAAAGAGCUGGAUAAAGGGAUCACUAGCCAUAAAAUUGCUUAUUUCUCCCUUUCUUCUCCUUGGAGUCAUUUUUAUGAAAACUUCACUACCAAUACCAUUUACUUAGUUCUUUAUUUACAUACCCAAAAGUCAACUCUGAGUUGAUCAUCUGCUUCCAACUGAUUCUUUUCUUUUUGUCUUCUAUUCCUGAUUAUCUGUAUAUAGUAUGAUUCAAUCCUUCUUCAGACAUAAACCUCUACAGCUAAAAUUGGGACAAGAAAGGCUAAGAAUUAUUUGACUUAAGCUGUGCAAAAUAUCUAUGUUUGAAAACUGUGCAAAAUAUCUAAAUUUGAAAGACAAAUAAGGUAGUGGAAAGAAUACUACAUUUGGAAUCAGUAGAAUAAUUUAGAUGAUAUGGUCACUUAAUUAAAACAUGAACAAGGACUAGUCAUGAAGCCUCUUUAAUUUCCAUUGUUUUUCAUGUUUAAAACAGGAUGAUAACAGCCGUCUGAUACAUCUCACAGUUCGACAACCUAAAUUAAAACUUCAAAGUGUUAAUCAUACCGGAAAUUCCAUGAUUAUCCUAUUCACUAUUUUAUGCCCAGCAAUAAACACAAUUCCUGGCUCACAGGAAACAGGAAAAUAUUUGCUUCUCAUGGAAUAAGAAAAUUCAUUAGAAGAUACCUCAAUCAAUAAAACACUACACAAGUAUAAUUACUAUUCCAAGUCCACCUCUGGUCAGACUGAAUCUUCUGUGCAAAAGAAGGCAUAUAAAGUGUGCAAGAAACCCAAUGGGGUUUAUAAAAUGAAUUAAUGCUGCUUAACAAGAUCUGUGGGCUAUAGACAAGACAGUACGUAAAAAUGCUUUAUCUAGUAAUUUUCUGAACAUCUCUAUGCUUGGUUUUUGCUGAGUAACUAAUUGUUAUUAUAGAAUAUGUGGAGAAACACCCUUUAUGAAGAUAACAGGCAAACAAUUGCAUUUCUUACCCACAGCUUCCCUGAAGGUGCUCUUUUCUUUUUGCUCUAGUGGCAAUCAAAUUUACCAAAAUGAUUCUCAAACAUCUCAAUUGAGGUGUUUGUUCAAACAUGCAGAUCUUAAAAUACAAAUACUGAUGAUACUUAAUCUAAAGACUGAGGAAACCCAGAAACUUGUGUUUUUAAUAAGCACCCCCAAUGUGAUUCUGCUACAAAUGUCUUUACUAUAUUUUGAGAAACACUGCUUUAGAACUUGUUCCCUAUGUGGUUUUGGGUAAGUAAUUUAGCAACUUUAAGACUUAGGUUCCUCAUCUAUAAAAUGUGCUUAAUAUUAUUACCUUACCCAAAAGGUUAUUGUAAAGCUUAUUUAAGAUAAUUACAUAAGGCACUGAGUGGAGUAGCAAGCCUGUUGAAUGAUCAAUAAAUAUGUGUUCCUUUUA